AUGACAGAAGAUAUUCUUGUAAUGAUUGUGGCAAAAAAUUUAUCCAAUGACGAAAAAAGGAAGAAGAAAAAAACCGUGAAGGAACAGGUCGAAGACUUGUCUGUUUCAGAAGAAAAAGAUAACAGAAAAAGGGUUAUCGAAGAUAAUACAGAUUCUUCUACUUCAGUUGACAUGACAAGGAAGAAGAAAAAAGCCGUUGAAAAGACAAAGAAAAGAACUGGUGUCGAAGAGGAAGCUAAAAGAGAGACACGUCACCUUUUAUCAGUUAUUAUAGAGACUUCUACAGCGAUGCCGUUUCGCAAAAAUGGGAAUACAUAUAGGUGCUUCUAUUGUGAAACUAAUUUUUACUACGCGUCUGAAUUAAGAGCUCACACUCUCAACGAACACAACAAUGAAACCAAAAGACAGUUAAAACAGACUAUAAUCAGAAAUGUUGUCAAAAAGAAUCUUAUUGUUAAAUUGGAUGUGACCAAUCUGACCUGCAAAUUGUGUUCUGAAUCAUUCAUCACUCUCAAGGACCUCAUAUUUCAUUUCCGUAAACACGAUAAAGUUGUAACUGAUAAUCUUGAAAAUAUGUUAUGUUUAAAACUAUCCGAUACUGAAUUCAAAUGCUUGUAUUGCGAUAAAGAAUUCCCAUUCUUUAAGACUUUGUACAUACAUUUGCACAGAGAGCAUGUCAACAGACGCUUCAUAUGUGAAACUUGCGGCCUUAAUUUCACUACCAACCAAGGGUUAAAUAACCACACUGCUUACGUUCACAACCAGGGUAGUUUUGUCUGUCCGGAUUGUGGCAAAAAGUUUGCCGCUCAACAUCUUCGUAGUGCACAUAUGAAACGUUCCCACGACCCGGAGAACAUAAAAUGCCAUGUAUGCAAGGCAAUAUUCCGAAGUGUAAAUCAAAAGGACACUCACUUAGCGAAGGAACAUAACAUUUGGAUCACAAAGGAGUUCAAAUGUGACAAGUGCUCCAAGAGCUUUAAAUAUAACCACAUGUUAAUGACACACAUAAAACGAGUCCAUUUAAAAGAGAAGAACUUCACAUGUGAUCACUGUGGAGAUAAAUUCUUUGAGAAAAAAUUGUUGGAGUUGCAUCAAAUAAAACAUAGCGAUGCCAAACCCUAUGAAUGCAGUACCUGUAAUAAACGGUUUCCGAGGAAGAAUGCUUUAUACAGACAUGAGAAGAUACACACGGAUCCUCGUAAUCUAAGCCUUAAACGAUUGCAGCGCAAGAAGUUUGAAGAAUCAACGUGUUCACAGUCGUCUGCGGUUAUGUGUUAA